AUGGCUGGAUAUAUUGCUCAUGCAUUGCCGAAAACAAAUUGGACAGUACUCAGUCAAAGUGCUUUUCAAAUGAAUCAAUGUAAUAACAUCUCAUAUAAUACUCAUCAACCAUUAAAUAGAAUUGAAUCAUUCAAGAUUAUACAAGAAAUGAAAACAACAAAUUGCUAUCAUAGAGUUUUUGUAUAUGAUUCAAACGGAAGCGAUCUGUUCGAUGGUACAUUCGAACGACCAAUGAAAACUAUCCAAACAGCCGUAUCUCUUACACGUAUUUUGAGAACUGUUCACGACAAUGAUAAGAUAUUAUGUAUCACAAUACGUGGAGGAAUCUACUAUUUAGAUACAAAUGCUACUACAACAAGUAGUCAAAUUGGUGCAAUUACAUUAACAACUAAUGAUAGUAAUCUUGUGAUUGAAAACUAUCAGAAUGAACAUGUUAUAUUGAAUGGUGGUACAUUAUUAAAAUUACAAUGGUCUGUUCAUGUUAAUACAUCACAGGGUGGUACAAUAAUGAAAGCUCAAAUACCAUCAUGUAUCAAUCUUGAACAAUUCAAUGAAUUAUAUAUUGAUGGUUUAUAUGCAAAAGAUCCAGGUUUUUCUUACAACGUAAGUAGAUGGCUUCCACCUACUUUUAAUAAAGGUGCUUCUGUUUUUAAUUCACCGAGUAACUUAUGGAGUACAGAUUCACCACCUUAUGAUAAUAAUUAUGUUGUUCCUCGUGGUCUUAUUGUCAACAAUGGUGCAUUGCCUCAUAUUGGUAAUUGGAGUAAACCUACGACUGGUUUUGUGCAUGCUUUUCAUUCUGACUAUUGGGGUAGUUGGUUUUUUGAAAUAGCAUCGAUCAAUAGUACACAAAAUACCAUUGUGUUCGGUCGAGGAAGUUUUCAGGAAGCACGUGGUGCAGCAAGUGGUGGUGCAUUUUAUGUUGUAAAUAUAUUUGAAGAAUUUGAUUCACCCAAUGAAUGGUUUUUAGACAAAGAUACUCGAACACUUUAUUUUAUGCCAAACGAAACUAUGCCUCAAGUUUUUGUAAUAAGUCAAAUUUCUUGUCUUAUAUCUAUUAGUGGUAGUAGUUUUCAAAAUUCUGCUGAAAAUAUAUCUAUUCAGGGUUUAACAUUAACAGAGACUAGUCAUACCUAUAUGAGAGAUUAUAUGGUACCGAGUGGUGAUGAUUGGGCUGUUCAUCGAGGUGGUACUUUAUAUUUAAUAAAUACGAAAAAUAUUACUAUUACACGUAAUAUAUUCAUACAAUUGGGUAGCAAUGGUAUGACAUUGAUUGAUUACAAUUAUGCUACAUCGAUUAUGUUAAAUGAAUUCGUAUGGUUAGCUGAUUCAGCGAUUAUCCUUGUUGGUAGUACGAAUGGCAUCGACGGUUUUAGUGUAACAAGUCAACCUGUCAACACACUCAUACAGUCAAAUCUUAUACAUGAAACCGGUAUUUAUAUUAAGCAAUCAUCACCAGUAUUGAUUGCUGUGAGUCGAAGUGUGUCUAUUAUCGGUAAUCUCAUGUUUAAUAUUCCACGAGCAGCAAUCAAUGUAAAUGAUGGUUUCUAUGAAACAAGUGAUCAUGGACCUAUCAAUACAUGGGAUCGACAACCAUUUUUAAGCGAUGCAGUACAAUCAAGUUUACCGUCAGUUUGGCAACAUAAAAGUUUCAUUCAUCACAAUACUCUUUUCAAUAAUUACAAUUCAUUUUAUCCGAUCGAUCAUGAUGAUGGCAGCUGUUUUUAUGAAGAUAGCGAUAAUUUUCAAGUAUAUGGUGACAAGAAACAUUAUUUGGGCCAUUCGCAACUCGAUCAUCAAGAAAUUAAUGUAUAUCCUGAUACAAAAUCCAGUCAGGGUACAGGUGUAUGUAUUGCAGAUCAAGCACCUUCACAUGGCUCUAGUAGUUGGAAUGAAACUUGGAUUGCAAACACUUUUAUACUCUACACAAGUCCAAUAUUUGGUAUUGCAAUACAGAUGAUCUUUUGUAACAUAUUUAGCAUUUAA